GCCUCCUCGUGGAAACUCGUCUUUCUGUUGAAGCAUGGCCGACCCAGAGAUCCUCUCUAGGUCUGGCUACACCAUAAUGGCCGUGAUCAUGGGUGUCUUCUCGAUUUUGGGGAUCAUUCUCAACGUCCUGGUGAUUGUGGUGACAGUGAGACACAAACAACUGAGGCAGCCACUCAGCUAUGCUCUCGUCAGCCUGGCCAUAUGUGACCUGGGCUGUGCUGUGUUUGGAGGGCUGCCCACCACAGUGACCGCCGCCAUGGGAUACUUCAGCCUUGGACGAAUGGGAUGCAUUUUAGAAGGCUUUGCUGUGGGUUUUUUUGGUAUAGCAAGUCUGUGUACGAUAGGAGUCAUUUCUGUGGAGCGCUACAUAGUGGUGUGUUAUCCUAUGGGUGCUGCCCUCUUCCAAACCAGGCAUGCAAUUGCUGGCGUGGUGCUGUCUUGGGUAUGGUCCUUUGUAUGGAACACUCCACCCUUGUUUGGUUGGGGGAGUUUUGAGCUGGAGGGCAUCAAAACCUCCUGCGCCCCCAACUGGUACAGCCGGGAUGCCGGCAACAUGUCAUAUAUGAUCAUUUACUUUUCACUCUGCUUUGCUGUGCCCUUUUCCAUCAUUAUGGCGUCUUACCUGCGUCUCCUCUGGACCCUUCGGCAGGUGACCAAGCUGAAGGUGUCUGAGACUAGCAGCACACACCGUAUGGAAGUGCAAGUGGCCCGUAUGGUUGUUAUCAUGGUGCUGGCCUUUCUGGUGACCUGGAUGCCGUAUGCCAGCAUGGCCCUGGCAGUCAUCAUCGAUUCCACGCUAAAAAUUGAUCCUCUAAUUGCAACUAUACCAAUCUACUUUGCAAAAAGCAGCACUGUUUACAACCCCAUCAUUUACGUUUUCAUGAACCGACAGUUCCGAAUAUAUGUUGUUCCAACGAUCCUGUGUGGAUGGACCCCCUGGGGCUCAGAAGCAGAGACAUCUGACAUUGAGACACCAGUUGCUUGUGCUCACAAUAACCAAAUGGAUCUCUGAAAAGAAUUAUACACUCACCAGACGUAACAUUAGGUGUUCAUUCAAUUUUCACUGUAAAAGAGGAGUAAUAUUACAAGUGUUUACUGUUGGGGUUGCACAGUGGUUAACUGGUUAGCACAUCGGCCUCACAGUGCAGAGGUGCAGGGUUCGAUUCUAGCUCCGGCCUUCCUGUGCCGAGUUUGCAUGUUCUCCCCGGGCCUGCGCAGGAUCUUCUUCGGGUCCUCCCAAAUUCCCAAAACAUGCAUGCCAGGUAAACAGAACACUCUAAAUUGUCCCUAAAUGUGAUUGUGAGUGUGAAUGGUUGUUCGUCUAUGUGUGCACAGCGAUUGGCUGGCAACCAGUUCAAGGUGCACCCCGCCUACUUCCUGAAAAAAAGCUGCGAUAUGCUCCAGCACGCCUGCAACCCUUGUGAGGAUAAAGUGGUUCAGAAAAUAGAUGGAUGGAUGUUUAUUGUUGUUAUUUGCAGUGAUGCACAACUGCACAGCAUUAUGGUAACCUAUUUUCUUUCUGGGAAGGAAAAUUGGCUGCAGACAAAAACCCUGAAAUAAAAGUUUACAUACCCUUGUUCAAGUGGCAGGUUUUUGAGACAUAAAAAAAGGAAACUAUUAUAAAUCCUUUCAACAGGUGAUAACAAAAUCGAUCAAAAUUGUGGUAAAGUGCCUCAUGGUCUGAUGAAAUCAAGGCAAAACUUGUUGGCCCUCAUUCCAAAAGGUAAGGACACAAAUGCAACACUGCCCUUCAUCACUAAAAGGACAUUAAACACAAGUUGUGUUGCUGGCAGAAUCAAGCAACAAUCACAACAAUAAAAAGCCUUAACAGCUGAAAUUUAAUUGAGGUAAACCAAUGCACUUUAACCCAUUUAAUCCCAAAUUUUCCCCAGACAUUUAAAAGUCAAAAUCAGAUGUCGUUGGUAGCCCUUUUAAGUAAUCAGUAAUCAAAUAAUUUUAGAGCCCUGUAAAUUAAAUCAUUGUUGUCCUUCACAAAUUUGACCAGUGGGAUUAAAUGAGUUAAAUGGUGGCGGGUGUGUGCUGACUCACAUUUAACAUAAAUUUAAAUGUGAUUGGUUAAGUCUGAACACAGCCACCUCCCAGUUUUAAGGAGGUGUGCACAUGUUACAGCUGCAGCUGUUGUGAAAGCUCGAUAUAAAUCACGAUGUAUUGUAUUGUACUGUAUUAUUUGACUUAUUUUUACCAUCUUUCUUCAAAGGUACUCUACAGAUUUUAGGUUCCAUUCAUGGUAGAAAGUUAGAAAAUGGUUAACCUGGGUCUCAUUUAUUAAUACCGGGAAAACUGAACAGGCGUGUGUAGACUUUUGCUACAAAAAAACAAACGUUUGUAAAUCUAAAUGGAGACUGUGUGAAUUCUGUAUGUUGUUCACAUUGAUGCGCCACUCAUGUCAUUUAUUUUGUGACAGGGCUACCUAUAAUGUCACUUGCAUUUUUUGUAAUGUACGUGUUCUCUUUCCUGGAAAGUGUAGCUGUAUAUUGCUUUUUUAAUCUAC